AUGGAUCAGGUAAUGCAGUUUGUAGAGGCAAGUCGGCAGUUGGUAAAGGACUCAGUUUGGCUGGUUAAAAGAUGCACCAAACCCAAUAGAAAAGAAUUCCAGAAGAUUACCAUGGCCAAUGACAAUCCAACUAUAAGAUUUGUUAUCAUGGGACUCAUCGGCUUCUUCAUGAAACUGAUCCAUAUCCCUAUUAAUAACAUUAUUGUGGGUGGCUGA